GGUUGAUGAUGACAACAGGCAAGGGUUAACAUUCAAGGAUUUGUCCGUGUCCUUCUGCUCAGGAGGGAACAGAGAUACGCAAAGUGGGUUACCAUGGCGACUGUUCAGUUAGUAUUUAUUGCUGUGGUUUUCCUUGUCGCCACUCAAACUGGUAGAGCGGCAGAAUGUGAGACAAACAUUUCCAGUAUUUUGUCGGAGCUGGAGAAUGAAGCACAGAGUAAACAAGGCAGUAUGACAGCAAGUGAUGUUUAUCAGGCGGUGUACGAGUGGGUCCCUCUCAGUCAUCGUAACGUCACAGAGCAGUGUCUACACCAGGGGUUCAAUAAAACGCAAUGUUUACUUAACAAGUGCCUGACUUUUCAAGAAAUCCUCCGUCUAUAUGAUCUGAAUGACACCUCUGCACUCUCAAAAGAUGAUAUACAGGAGUUGUCUCCCUUACUUUCCCUCAUUGCAAAAGCCAAAUCUUGUGAUAGUCACAAUAAGUCUGUUGAUGAUGAAAGGAAGGAGGAAGGAAAGCACAAAGCCAAAUCAUCAAUGGUGAAAGCCUGGGGAUAUGGAUUUUUGUUUGUGACGAUCAUCAACAUUUGUUCCUUGGCUGGAGCUAUGGUCCUGCCCUUUAUGAAGAGGGCUGUGUAUAGGCAGCUUCUUAUCUUCAUGAUCGGUCUCGCCGUGGGUACACUGGCUGCAAAUGGACUCCUUGUGCUCAUACCAGAGGCCCUAGGACUUAUGUACAUAGAAGAUCAUGCAAUCAGCUCAAACUACGUAUGGAAAACAACAACAGUCAUGGGCGGCAUCUAUCUCUUCUUUCUCAUCGAACGUGUCCUCAAACUGCUGCUCAGCUGGAGAGAGAGAAGGAGGGAUGGUGGUUACCAGUCUGAUGGUGCUGACGAGGAUGAAGAUAUGUACUCCUCCAUCAAGAAGAAAACCCCUAUCACUACAACGCAAAAAUACAAAAAUCCUAAGAACCUUCCCGGUGCUCUGCCAUUGUCAAACAGUGAGACACCACUCACCGAUGACGACUCGCAAGACAAUGUCCUGUCCACGAUUAAUGUAGAGGUUAAACCCCAGAACGGCAGUACAGCGGCCCAUGCGAAACGUCCAAUAGCCACCGUAGCCUGGAUGAUUAUAUUCGGGGACGGGAUACAUAAUUUUAUUGACGGUUUGUCCAUCGGAGCAGCAUUUACCGACAGCACUCUGGCAGGCAUCAGUAUAUCUCUAGGGAUCAUCUGUGAGGAACUUCCACAUGAGUUAGGGGACUUUGCUAUUUUGAUCAACGCGGGAAUGAGUAUGAAGAAGGCACUGAUGUACAACUUCCUGUCUGCAUGUAUGUGUUACCUCGGCCUCAUAGUUGGCACGCUGUUGGGAGAAAACACAACGGCACAUGACUGGAUCUUUGCCAUAGCCGGAGGGAUGUUUCUCUACAUCUCACUUGUUGACAUGAUGCCGGAAAUGAACAGUGAAUCUGAGAAUGAGGAAACCAAGAGGCUGGUCGGAACCACUCGGAUUUUUCUUCUCCAGAACGGAGGCAUGCUCCUCGGAUUCACAAUCAUACUCUUAAUGACUUUAUAUGGCGGACAGAUUAAUUUUGGAGAAUAAAGAAACAGGAUUUACAGACUUCAAGAAUCUACAACUAAGGACACAAGAUCCAUUGAUUAAAUACAAGAAUUCUGAACUACAGGAACAACAUUUACUUGCUAGUUUAAAACAAGUAGCCUAAGGUGAAGUAACAAAGUUAAAAAGCUAAUUUGAUUACAGCUUUUAGUGUCCUGAAUCCUGAACUAUAGAAACAAAAUUCACUGGCUAGUAAAAUGUAAUAAUCUCAAACUAUAGAAACAAUAUUCAGUGGCUAGUAAAAUGUAAUAAUCUCAAACUAUAGAAACAAUAUUCACUGGCUA